CAGCACACAGAUCCUCAUCGAAAUGAAAUUCCUCGUCCUGGCUCUGGCUUUGGUUGGCUGCGUGGCCGCCGAUGCAGGCUACAACUAUGCCGCACCCGCACCUGCUCCUGUGAGGUCGUAUGCGGCCCCUCAGGUCCAGCAACAUUUUGCCGCCUCCGCUCCGGCUCCAGUGUUCCAGGCUGCUGCUGCAUCUGCUCCAGCCCCAUCUAGAAGCUACGUGCCUCCUGCACCUGCCGCCUCCGCACCAGUCCAGACCAUCGCCCCGGCUCCUGGUCCAGUUCCAGUUGCCGCUCCUGCACCCGCUCCUGUCUUCCAGCCUGCUGCCUCUGCGCCAGCUCCAGCCCGCAGCUAUGUGCCGCCAGCAGCAAUUGCUGCCCCCGUUCCAGUGCACCACGCUGCUGCCUCCGCUCCCGUCCAGUCAUUCGCUGCCCCUGCCCCUGCGCCCGCUCCCGUGCAGUCCUUUGCCCCUGCCCCAUCCUUCCAGGCUCCUGAGCCAGCACCAGCCUUCGAGGCCGCCGCCUCUGCCCCAGCUCCAGCUCGCUCCGGCUACGACUACAGCCAGCCCCAGUCCAGCCAGGGCUACAGAUACAGGACCGUGCGUCGUCGCGUCCUGAGGCACCGUGCUUAA